AUGCCCUGGCGACCACUUCCACGAAUCGCCUUUGCAGUCGCUAUCUACCCUUUCCAACCUUCCUCUCCUGCAGACCUUCCAUUAGAACUGGGCGAUGAACUUUACAUAAUUGAACAGGGUGGGAUAAAUGGCUCGUGGUAUCGGGGUUAUCUUGUUGCGCCUCCUUCGCUGCUUGCCGGCCUGACUAGCGUCAAAGGCCGUACACUUGAGGCACGCGUGUUUUCAGGAAUCUUCCCCAAGAAUUGCGUAGAAGUGCGGGAAGUCUUGGGUGAUUCAGAUGGGUCAAAGGAUGGCAGAUUAAGCACUGAGCCUGUCCCGAGGAGAUAUGCUGGCUCAACAACGAGCGCCGGGUCUCUGGAGGACAGCUUUUCUGCCGUGGAUAGCAAGACGCUUCACAACGGUGAAGGGGAUCUGAAAGCGUCGCAGAAAAAGAUGUCCCAAAUUACGAUUAUCAAACUAGAGGAGGAUGGAACCAGACGGCGGUCUGUGUCUCCAUCUUUACCAUUGACGCCAAUAUCCCUAGGCCCUCGCGACCCAAACACUACAAAACCACCUGCUCCAGUGCCCAUGCUUAAAAUCGGUGACGAGACCCCCACAUCGGUUUCGGAACCUCUCGUUGAUGAGAUCGCUUCGUGUUUGCGCGAAUGGCAUUCCACAAACAUCCACCAACUGCUCCUGGCUCGCCAAUACACAACGCUGGAGAGCUUGUCGAAUAUUGUCUUGGAACUAGAUCUUGCGCGACGACAGCUGCUGCACAAUAUCCUAACAGCUCAAGAGCUUGCAACUUUGCGUGAGGAGACAGUUUGGAAUCUUGUGCGGGGAAAUAAAAUGCUUAGCGGAGAAGUGGUUGUGCGCGACCCGAAGCAACGAGGGCGCCUACUUACCGGAGAUGAUUCAGCCACGGAACUCACCAAGCUGCAGUCUGAGAUGAGCAUGCUCGACAGUGGACUCACUCCUCAAGUCGACAAUAUCUCGCUUCACCACGUUCUUUUCGAAGUGAACGCUGUUUCUGGAACCGAUGCGAAUUCGGUAAUCCUUGGUAUCAGCUUAUGGUUGAAACAAGCCAAUGGUGAUACUAGACAACUUUCAGAAACUUACACUUUAGAUCUCCCAGCCGUAGAAACCUUCUCAAACCUGGUUGACAAUACAAAGAUGAAGACGCUCUUUACAGAAUUGAGUGCAUCGGAUAUUGGCGAAGGUUCCAACUCCGAUUCCAAGCUUUACCUUGUCAUCAAGGCCAUGGGACCUGAAUCACCAAGAAUUGACGCGCCACCAAAGACUCGAUCAUCAAGUUCCCGCGAUGGAUCGUUCUCAAAUAAAGUUUCUUCUAGUCUCAACAGUGCAGGUAAGGGCAGCUUAAAGGGUAGACGGAGUAUGAUGUGGGGCCAUAAAUCUAGGGGUUCAGGUCUCGAGGUGGGCAAAGAACCGUCAAGAUCUCUAUCACAAUCAAGUGACUCCGUUACAGCUAAGCCCAACAAGCCCGACACCCCAGGAAAAGAACCUACAGUUAUUCGGACAGUGGGAGUUGGCGCUCUGGAAAUCGGGUCGCUGCUCAAGCAAAACAAGGAGGUCGAGCAGGUCAUCAACUUUUGGUCUCCCGUUGGUGAAAAUGAUGAAGAGGGUAACUAUUCUGAGGGCUUCGAUGAGGUCAUACAGUCCCUUCUUUAUAGCCCAACUGGUCAAUAUGUGAGAUCCCAUCGCAUCUCGAGAGUGCAUUCACACCUCCACCCAUUCACCAGCAACGAUGCUGAGACGCUUGUACGAAACAACCCUACAUCGCUGCAUAACGUUGCGCAAACAAAGCGAAUAGGAUUUACCGGUGCGCCCACUAAACCAAGAUCCGAUAUCUAUAUCACGAUAAAUCGUGCAACCAUUUCACAAGACGCAUUGCUUUCUCAUCCGAUUAACGGCCAGCUUCCUGUUCCACAGAUGACCGGUCUACGAAACCUCCAGUUGACCGUUGAAGUCCGCAAUGCGGCAGGUGUACGUCUUGAACAUUGUAUUUACCCUUCUUCUAACGGGCCAGGUCAAACUGCGUGGAGAACUACGGUUACACAAAGAGGCUCACCCUGGAAUCAAUCGAUUCGAUUAAACAUUCCUGCUGAUGAAGUUCCCGGUUCCCAUCUUAUAAUGAGCGUAGCUGACGCUCCCGAGUUUCCAUUUGCUCUAAGCUGGAUGCCAUUGUGGGAUCAACAGGCAUUUAUUCGUGAUGGUCCUCACUCUCUGUUAUUGUAUGCCUAUGACAAAUCUACCUCGAGCAUUGAAAAUGGGCGUGGAGCCUACCUCUCCCUUCCCUGGAGUGCACUUGGGAAAAACGAAUCUGCUAAAGAUGAAGCUGUUACUGGUCCCCUAGCAACAUUAUCCAUAGAAACUGACCUCUGCAGUACGGAGUACUCCCAGGAUCAAGUUAUUCUGGGCCUUAUCGGCUGGCGAGAACGGUCCGCAACGGAAGUUCUAGCACUUUUGAAAAGGAUCGUUUUCGUCCCAGAAAUAGAAAUAGUGAAGCAGUUGCGGGAUGUGUUCGAUGCGCUGUUUGGGAUUAUUGUGGAGAAUGCUGGGAAUGAGGAGUAUGAAGAUCUCGUUUUCAAUGACUUGGUUACUGUCCUUGGCAUCGUACAUGAUCGUCGAUUUAACCUUGGUCCCUUGGUCGACCAUUACGCUGAAAAGCAGUUCAACUUUCCCUUUGCUACAUCCUGUCUAAUCCGGAGCUAUUGCCGCCUUCUCCAAGCUACUCCUGAUUCUCAACAGUCUCGUAACCUCCGUGCAGCUUUCAAGGUUGGCCGACAUCUGCUAAAAUUUAUAAUCAACGCCAGGGAGCAGCAAAAGGUAAAGGAGGAAGGUAUUGGUAUCACCAAAGUUCAGUCGACCUUCAACCGUGAUUUGCAUUUUAUUUUCCAGUCUGUGGAAUCCCUCAUGCAAAAUCCUUCUCCGAUCCUAGUCGGGAGUAAGACUUUGGUAGUUCAGCAUUUCCAUACCUGGCUGCCCGAACUUUCAAAUGCCUUGACCAAGGAAGAAAUCAUGAAUAUUGCCUUGAGCUUUAUGGAUGCCUGCAAAGAUGUGAAGAGCAUGCUUAUCCUUUACAAGCUGGUUCUGAUUCUUAAUUAUAUCCAACUUCCACUUUUCGAGUCCGUGAAAGAUAGGCAGACUCUAUAUACCUGCUGUAUCGGUUGGCUUGCUCCGUACUGGGGACGAACCAGUGAUGCCAAUGACCAGUAUCGAGACCAAGUUCGGCUCUGUUCGUCAAUUGUUGCAGAGCAGCUGAAGCACCCCUCUCCUGAACUGUAUGCAUACAUGCCGAAGGCUGUAGCAUCGUACUGCGCUCUCGUUGGGGAUGGUGUUGAAGAAACAAAUUGGUUGUCAAUGCUGUUCAGUAAAUCUUUCCCUUUCCAGCUCAAGCAGUCAAAAAUAAAGCAGAAAUUCGAAGAAAGUCUCGUUGAACUUGCAGCCAUUAUUGCCUCUCUUGCGAAAAUACCGAACCCGACACCGCUUUUGCUCAAGGAUGAAGAUCUCGCCUUGUUUUUGACACAGUCUCUCCAAACCCACAAAUCUAUUCUUAGCUGUGAGGCUUAUCCCUCUACAUGGCUGAGUGUACACAUCUAUCAUCACCGAUCGACCAUGAAGAGCUUGGAAUACCUGUCAACAAUGCUCAUCAGCUCAUUCCUUCCCCCUCCCGAUGAUGCGGAUAAUUUCGACAUGGAACUGUGGAAAUUAUUCUUUGACACAUUGUUGAAGCUUGUAUCAAGUGAUGCCCUCGCACUCGAAACAUUCCCCGAGCAGAAACGCCGGGCAGUAUGGAAGAUUGCUGGUGAUGUGCGAGAGCACGGCGCUGAUUUGUUACAGAGGACCUGGGAGUCUAUUGGUUGGGAUACCACUGCGGACGAACAAGAGCGCUAUGGUUUGAAGAAGCUGGGCGGAUAUCAGGUUCAAUAUGUUCCUACCCUUGUCUCUCCGAUUAUCGAACUCUGCCUCAGCAUACACGAAGGCCUUCGACACGUUGCAGUGCGAAUUCUGCAGACCAUGAUAGUUAGCGAAUGGCAAUUGAAUGAAGACCUUUCUAUAGUGGAAGCAGAAAUAAUAUCCAGUUUGGAUCUCCUGUUCAAAACUAAGAACAUUAGCGAGAGUGGGACGCAGAAAUUGUUUAUCAGCGAGUUACUAGACCUUUUUGAAACAAGCACCUCAAAUCCUGAUGCUGAGCUUCUUGUUGCGUUGAAGGAACUUGUUGCUACUGUCGAUGAGUUGCUAGAUCUUUUGGUUGCAUCUCAUAAUGGAAACAUUACGGAGAGUCUCAACACCUUGAAGCUGAUGGAGUUUAUGAAAGACAUGGACAAGGAAGAUAUAUUUAUACGAUACGUGCAUGAACUCGCCCGUGGACAGGUUGCGGCACGUAAUUAUACCGAAGCUGGUCUUGCCCUUCAGCUCCAUGCUGAUCUUUAUGAUUGGGACCUUUCCAAGCUGGUACCUACUCUCACGAACCCCGCUUUCCCCGAACAGACAUCCUUUGAGCGAAAAGAGGCGCUCUAUUUUGAAAUAAUUCAACACUUUGAAGACGGUAAGGCCUGGGCACAUGCCCUAUCCUGCUAUAGGAAACUUGCCCAUUAUUACGAGCACAUGACACUUGAUUUCUCAAAACUGUCAAGAACUAAGGCAUCGAUGGCCAAAAUUUAUGAUCAGAUUGUGAAAGAUACCAAUCCACCUCAGAGAUAUUUCCGCGUCACGUUCAAAGGUCUUGGAUUCCCAACUAGUCUACGGGAUAAGCAGUAUAUCUUCGAAGGGUCUCCGACUGAUCGGAUGGCUACUUUUACAGAUCGUAUGCAAAAGGAAUAUCCAGCAGCUCAGAUCAUAUCAUCGGAUGAGCCUGAGGACGUUGAGGGGCAAUUCUUGCAGAUAUCUGCCGUCAGUGUACACAGGGAUAUGAAUCACACUGUCUACCAGCGGUCCAAGGUGCCUCAUUCAGUUCGAGAGCAUCUAUUGACCUCCCUACCCUCUCAAUUUUCCGUCACAUCAAAACGACAUACUAGUGGAGAUAAUGUAAAAGAACAAUGGGUCGCAAAAACGAUUUACACGACUGCGGAACCUUUUCCGAAUAUCCUCAGGAGAAGUGAAAUUGUAUCUACGGAUGAAAUUGUCCUGACUCCUCUCCAAACGGCUAUUGAGCGGACUUGGCGUAAAACAAACGAGCUCCUGCUUUUAGAGAGACGAGCUUCCUCUGAGAAUGACUUGAAUCUGACGGGUCUAACUGAUGUGUUAACCAAUCUGCUUGAUCUCGAAUCAUCGCAUUCAGGCUGCGUUGCUCUUUACAGACAGUUUUUGCUAGAUGAAAGUCAGGCGGCCAUGAAUUUGCAUGAUGGUGAGGAUGACGAGGGCCAAAUUGCACACCCCAUCGAUCCUUUAAACAACGCUCUGGCUGUUGCACUCAUCGAUCACGCUCUUGCAAUAAAGCGCUGCUUAGCAUUGUACAGUCGCCCCGCUUACCAGGCUACCCAGGCGGAACUCACACGUCGUUUCGAGUUUGCCUUUGCCCCUGAAGUUGCCUCUCUCACACCUGUCUGCAACACACCAGAAACGGAAGAACCGCCCAAUCUCCCCGGGGACCAUUCCGAACCUUUAAUCUCCUCUCGACCACAACCCAUCACAAACGCCCGCUCCAUCAGUCCCGAGCAGGACCUCAUUCGCGCCGCUCGCCAGCAGGACAAUCCUUCCCACACCAAACAUAACCACGAGAAAUCCAUCAGCACGCAUCGAAUCAGUUUGAAUCCCUUCAAACGCUCCAAUCAUACCGCCAACAACUCAACCUCCACCAUUACAGCUACUGCCAACGAUGCGCGCCAGCAAUCUGAAUCUAAGCUCAACGGAACACACACAUCGCGUCCCUCAACCGCGAAAACAGACGGCGCGGACGCCGUCUCUGUCACCCCUAGCCGUGCAGCGAGUCGACGGUCACGUACACGAGGCGGUGACACCCCCUCUAAAAGACGUAGCUGGUUUGGAGGGGGUGGCGGAAAUGAUACACACAAAAAUAGCUCACCCAUCUCUGCCCCUGCCACAUCCACAGAGGAUAUUCGUACAACGCAGCAGCGGAUCAUGAAACGGGCACGAUCAUCUCGAUCACAUAAAGGGAGGAAUGAGAACAAUGUUUCCUCCCCCUACAACACGGAAAAGAGUACUGGCGGUGUCGUCAUCAGCAGCAUCAGCAAUGCCGCAGCGAAGAUGAGCCAGAUUACACGGACGGUGUCUGGUGGGACACAUGGGAACAAUGGCAAUAAUAAUGUUACGAGUGCAAGCAACGCUCACCCCGUGACAUCGGAGCGGCUUGGGGCGAAAACUGCGAUGGGGGGGACGGCCACCAGUUCCCAGAAUAAUCAUGGAAAGAAUCACAUUUACGAGGACAAUAGUGUGAUUAAUAGUAGUAGUAUUACGGCAAGUAGGGCACCUGUCGAUGGCUCUGCUAACGCUAAUACCGGGGGUGGUGGAGGUGGAGUUCGAGACUCUGUGAUGAAGCGAUUGAGCAUGCUGAAGGCUGGGAGGAAGGCAACUAGACUUAAUGUUCGGGACGGGGGCAGGACUGGGGGAACGUUGAAGGAGGAGUGA